UCCAUCCACUCUGUUUCCACGUUAAAGUUCAAAAAAGCGUCAUUAAUACAGUACUGCCAGUAGUCCUAGACGCAGUCGACAAUAAAACUUUUGUAAACAAACCUGCCAGAGCCUGAGCCUUUAUUAUUAUUCUCCCUGAUUUCCGGGUUGUUAUCAGCAGUUCCGCUAUGGAGGAUUUCCGCAACAGCAGUCUAGAGCAGUUGAAAGGUUUAGACCACGAUUUUACCCAGUGGAUCUAUAAAGUGCAGUGGAUGUGCGAGAAGGCGGUUUUCCGCAAUGAGAAAUCUUUAAUGGAGUUUCUGUGGCGUAAUCUGUUGCAAAAAGUAGAUUCAAUUACCAAAGUUCGUAUGCUGCUGGAAGAGCACUUGGAAAAAUUACGAAAAGAACAGGCUUCGACGAGUAGUCCUAGUCCGACUGGCAGCUGUGAUGCUGCAAAGUUUUUCGUUAGUCCUGCUAUAACUAGUUCGGAAAGCGGUUUUCCCACCGUUCCCAAACUGUACUCCAAUCCGCCAUCGCGUGCGGAAAAGGUGUUUUCCGAGACGCCAAGUUUAUUCUCCCGACCUACAAAUCUCGUGGACAAUGUAUUCCCCGUGGGCUCUCGUUUACUGGGCGGUACCAUGCCCGUGGAGAACGGCUUUGAUUCCAGUUUGUUCUUUAAUAAAUCUACUUUGCCUAAGGAAACUCCGGCGAUGUACAGCGCUGCUAACAUUAAACCCAUCGGAUUCCCGAAACCAGCUAGUGUCCCGACAAUCUUCCCGGCGGCCACGGUCAGCAAGGAGAUCAACGGGGGAGCGGUGGGGAAGAAGGGCUCACCGGCCAAGAAGCCGUCGCCAGCCUCGGUUAAACCGUUGACAUUUGCGCAGAUCAGCAAGGCGCCAGCGGGUAAGGAAGAGGAUGGCGAGUGGUCGACGGUGACGCGGAAACACAAGAGUAAAGAGGUUAAAACGGGGAAUCACGUGGAGAAGGUGGUGGAGGCCAAGCCGAAGGAGGUCAUCCCGGAGGUUGUGCAUGUUAAGGAAGCUGCAAAUGUAUCUUCCGGGGAACCGGUUGAUAAAAAGAAAGUUUUCUUGAUGCGACUUCCCCGGGAGCUGGCCGAUUCGCAGUUGCUGGGAAAAUAUUUUAAAGCUUUUGGAACGGUGGUGGACGUGUACAUUUUUCGUAAUCGGGAUGGAACACCCACUGGUUCUGGCUACGUGGACUUCAGUGAAGAAAGUGCCGUUCGAUCGGUUUUCAAGCAUGGUCUGCAUUUUAUUGGUGAACACCAACUUAUUGUUAAGGAGUUUGAAGUACAAAACGAGGAUGGUCGUAGGAAGCAUUUUCAGAUAUUUCUUGGAGGCAUCCCAACGUUUAUGACACAAGAAGAAGUUAAAGCAGCGGUUGAACAGAAAUUUAAAGUUCGUGAUUUGGCACUCAAAGGAGGAUACGCUUGGAUGGAACUGGCUAACGAAGCUGAUGUAGAUAAACUGCUGAACUUAAAGAAGAUUAAAAUUGGGGAAAAAAUGGUGGAAUGUAAACCAUACCAGCCUAAGCCGAACUGAUAGAGGAUUUUACUUAGAUUACAUUCUUCCUUGGGCUAAGUGUUCCUGAAUUUUUACUCGAAACUGCAAUCCUAUGCGAUUUGAUCUGAUCCUUACAAAUUUUUCGAUAUUUUCCUGUUCCGCACAGUUUGGUGUUUUUGGUUAUUGCAGCUGCUCCUCACUGACUUAUACCAAAUGAUAGUGAUGGAUAGUUUUUGUUAGAUUUUUUGAAAACAGUACGAUUGAGUUUACGUUAUAGUCAAGAUAUUUCAUUGGAAUUUGCUCAAUAAAAGGUUGU